AUGUCUCUUCUAGAACAGCAGUUGUCUGCGAUUGCGCAGAACACACAGACCGUUGCGCUGGAUCGAAAAAAACGGUCCAAGCUGCACUCGGUCUCGUUUAUCUACAAUCCCCAAGAGGCUGCUACCCAGGAUUAUGAGACGAUCUACUACGAGGCUCUCGAGGCCCUGAGUCGUUUAGAACAGAUCGACAAGAGAUUCGGCAAGUUCAAGCUCUCCAUCUUCAGUGAAACAUCUAUCAACAUCGACAGACAGGUGCAAUCUCAAGAACAGAACGAGAAUCUUGAUAAAACCAUUAAUGCAUUUUUGUCCUUGGUGGCUCCGUACUGGCAUCUCGCUAUCGCCUUGCGAUCCACCGAAUGGCUCUUGCGCAGAUUCCAAAUCAACUAUCAUAACACUGAACAUCUGCUGUUGACAACACUGCCAUACUAUAAGGAUCCCGUGUUUGAGAGAAUCCUUUAUGUUGUUCCAAAAAUGCCUGUUCUUUUCCAGUGGUUAGCCGGUUUCAAGAAAGCAAACAACAAGUCUCCAUCCAGGAACAGUCUGGUGAAGGCUUUCACCGAUGUGGACUUUUUCAAUCUUUACUCGAAAUUCAUCGGGGGUGAACUAGGCCGCGGAAACCAGUACAGAUUGGAGCUCGUGUUUUUUGUCAGUAUGGCCAUCUCCGCACUUGCUGCCCUGUCGUCUGAGAACUCGGAAAAGCUUUUAGACUACGUGCCAAAUGUGUUGUCUGUCUGUGGACUCCUCCUGGUUUCCAAGGACCAAGAGACAAAAAUCAGUGGUUACACUAUCAUGGCCGUUUUGGUUUCUGCUGUUCCUUUAUCAAGGGACGUGAUAAUUGCAUCGAUCGAGACAAUUUUGGCACACGCUGGCUUUGACGGUAACAGAACACAAACUCAGGCAUUUACCAGCAUACUCAAACUAUACAGAUCCAUUCAGACCGAUCCGCUGACACCACUUGCUCCAGCAAUGUUCGAAUUAGUUCCAGAAUUCUUGAAUUCAGACUCUUCGUACUCCGAACUCAUUUCCAAGACAAAGGACGUCAAUUUCGCGUGUUCCUAUAUUCGCACAUUGAUCAAAACCGACAAACUAGAUAGCAAGUCGGCGGUUGCAAGUUGCGAAUUUGAGUUCAGCCACAAGCAUGCUAAAGUCAUUUUGGGCGAUAUCUUGGCUCAGUUAUCAUCUACUAAUUCUGCAAACUAUGUUCCUAUUCUGAAGCACUUCCAGAAGACACAUUCAGACUGGUUCAACGAGUCAAUUGAAUCAUCACAAGUUUCUUUGGAACAGCUCGAAAUGUCUCUGCAGACCACGUUCACAGAAGUCGAAAUUACAGAAGACGUUCAUAUUGUUCCCGAAGAGUCAGCAGAACUUGACGAAAGUUUGGAGAACGUUCAUGGCUCAUACGCAUCUUACUUGGAUUCUAGCUCGGAAGUUGCCAGCGAGUUCCAAUUGCUCCAAAAACAGUUUAUGAACUCAGUUGUUGCAUCCAAUACCAUUAAAUUCUUGUCGUCGUGCUUUAAGGAUCAAGGGGCACAAAUCUCGUUCCUCAUCAGAUUGUCACUUGUUCAAAAUAUUCCAUUGAAGGUGAGAACCUUUGCAUUAAAACUGGUUGCAACCACCAUUGAGUCUUUGCCAGAGACUUACUCCGUCCAUAUCCUUGUUCCAAUUCUUUCAGUUUUAUUGAUUGACUCGAACAAGCUCCUGCGUACCAACACCUUAGCCAUAUUCAAGAAAAUGGAAGCACGAUCUCCAGGCAAGGAGUCAAUACUCGGAAGUUUGCUUUAUGGAAAAGCUACCAAAGAUAUUGCAAUGAUUUCCCCAAAGAUCGGUCACACUCUGAUCAGCAGUAUCACAGAGAGAACCUCUGAGUUGAGUAUUGAUGGUGAGCAAUUCCACAAGCUGUUUGAGUCUCUUGUCUCUGAAAAGAAGACAGGUACCAUGAUUCUGGCUUUCUACGCCUCGAAUGCCAACAUUACCGAGCAUCCUGCGACCAAAUUGGGACUAUUACAGGUGGUCACGAGAGCAGCAAGAGUGACCAAGGGAGCACUUCCACCUUCAAAGAUCUUUGAAAACCUGCUCACAUCGUUUGUUGAAAAGAGAGAGUCUUGGAGAUCAACUUGUAUCGUAUCUGGUAUCGACUUUGGUACUUUCGAGACUCAAGUGAUGGAUAUCGUUUCAAAGAAAGAACCCAACGAAGCAGCUAUCAAAUUCCUUGAUUCUGCUUUGAACUGUUCCUCUCAAUCGUUGUCUGAGAUUGCAGCUGCAAAGCUUACUGAGAUCUUUUCCUCGUUGAGCUCAGAAUAUCAACUUCGUCUAGUGAAGAGUAUCGUCGAAGUUGGAUUAUCUGAAGAUGAUACUACAAUUUGUUACGAUACCGUGGAGCUUUUAGAGUCUUUGGAUCUUUCGAACGAUAUUUUCGUCCAGUUCUUGAAAGAGUCUUCUUUGAACAGUUCCUCAGACCAGCAAUCCAAUGUUCCAAAAAGAAGAAGACGUUCUUCCGCUUCAACUCGUCAAGCAAUGAAAGAGCAAGAAGUCUCGUUUAUGGCUUCCGCGCACUUGAAGAAGGUCACGUUGAUCUUGGACGUUUUGGAGAAAGAGAGCAGAGCAGACUUCGAUGCUUCUUUCGAUCUGCUGAAGCUUUUGUUUGACACUCUUGACGACUUGGAAACUUUGGGAACGGAUGGAAAGCUUCCAGUUCUUUAUUCCCAGGAAACUCUCGCUUCGUGUAUGACAAAUGUGAUUAAGGCUCUUGAAGAGAGCAAGCUGAAACCAAAAGAGUUUGCUUCGAUCCGCGCAGAUGUUGUUGUCUCUGCUAUUCGCGCCUCAAACUCCCCACAAGUUCAGAAUAAGUUGUUGCUGGUGGUUGCUGCUUUGGCUUCCUUCUCACCAGAGCUUGUUCUGCACUCGGUGAUGCCGAUCUUCACCUUCAUGGGAGCUCAUACUAUCAGACAAGAUGACGAGUUCUCUUUCCAUGUUGUUGAACAGACAAUCUUGUGCGUUGUUCCGGCACUUGCAGUGGCCACAGAGUCGGCAAUGGUUGAGGAAGUUGAGUUCCUGCUUACUUCGUUUGUGAGUGCUUUCCAACACAUUCCUCGUCACAGAAGAGCCCGUUUAUUCACAACGUUGGCUAAAACUUUGGGAAGCUCUGCUUCAAUUCAUCUUAUUUUGUUCUUAUGUGGUCAGCAAUACGCAAGCGCUUAUGCAAAGCACAAGAUGGGCGACUGUUCAGCUUUGACAGACUUCUCGUGCUCGUUCUUGCAAAACUUCAAAGUUGAGGAGCAGCUUGGAUCUGCUUUGAAAUUCCUGGAAUUAUGGAAGAAGGUGCCGGAAGAGCCAGUCGAAAAGGGCUCUCCAGAAUUUGACGAACUGAACGCCCGUGUCGUCUUUGGUCCCCAGAUUGUGGCUCUCGGCAAAUCAGAACUGUUUAACUUAAGAAAAUGUCUGGUUUCAUUUUUGAGACACACUAUCUCGGACUCCAAGGAUAUCAAUGGUAUUUCCAGAUUAAGACUCAAGAUCGCUUCGAUGAUUCUUCAAGGUGAGGACUCGAAACCACUUCUUGAGGCCUUUGCUCAGCUUGUCAAGGACCUGCUUGAGAUCAUCGACGCUCACCAGCAAGAAGUUGAAGAAGAGGAAAUUGUUUCCAAACUUUACAAACUGCUUGGGGAAGUGCUAAGCUUGCUUCCAAUCGAGCACUUUGUUCAAUCUGUUUUGGGAAUCCUUCAGUCUCCAGACUCUUCCUUGAGAACAAGAAUUCACAUUACAUCGCUUACUGCCUACAAGUUCGAUACCGAACAUGUUGAAGACUUGAACGCACACGAGGGAAUUGCACGUCUUGUGCCACCACUCUUGGAUAUUAUUGUUUCUCAGGAGGAUAUCGAGCUUUCCCAAACCGCUCUUGAUACUCUGUCCAACCUGUUCCAACGUUACACUACUCAUAUCGAUUCCUCACUGUACAUUUCGACUCUGAAUGUUGUGACUCUCCCUGCAGGUUUGUUGAACUCUGCUCCGGAAAUCGUUGUUUCCUCUAUGAACUGUAUCACCAGUGUGAUCAGUGUGAUUGGUGUGAAGAUCAUUGGUCAUUUCACCAAGAUUGUGCCGCCGUUAUUUGACAUUUUUGACAAAUCCACUGAAUCGGAGGAUCAGUUGAUUCAGACAUCGAUGCUUGUUCUGUUCUCUACCCUUGUCAAGAAGAUGCCUUCCUUUGUGGCGCCGAAUCUCUCAGAUAUGCUGAAGGUGCUCUUCAAAGCAUCUCACGUCUCUGACUCUGUCAGAACUUCUGUCUUGAAUGUCAUGGUUUCACACAUGGACGGAAAGACUCUGCUUACUACCGGGUCUUCCUUGUGGAAGUUUGUUUCUGGGCUUGAUACCGUGGCCAUUGGUCUUUAUCUGUCGUUCAUGGAGUUGAUCAUUGAGAAAAUUGACAAAAAGACCGCUAUCUCGAAUGCCGGUGGUUUUGUCAAGUUCCUGCUUCUUGCUCUGGAAUUCAGAGCCCAAAAGGAGCUGGACUCCAACACCAUCAAUAGAGUAGAGGCAUCUGUUCACAAAUGUGGAAUUCAAUACGUUCUGAAACUCAACGACAAGACAUUCAGACCACUGUUUGCUUCCAUCGUCAGAUGGGCAUUUGACGGUGAAGACACCACUACUGACAUCUCCGAAACCGAGAGACUCAUUUCGUUCUUCAGAUUCUUCAACAAGCUCCAAGAAAACCUCAGAUCGAUCAUCACCUCUUACUACUCGUAUUUGGUGGAUUCUACCGAGUCUUUGCUCCUGAGACUAAAGACAUCCGAGAACACCAACCUCAAGAGACUCGUGUUGAUCUCGUUGGCAUCGUCGUUCAAAUAUGACCAAGAUGAGUACUGGCACUCCAGUACCAGAUUCACUCCUAUCUCGUCUGCUCUGUGUUCACAAUUCGAUACAAUUGAAGAUUCAAUUGGAAAAUACCUUGUCAAGGCAGUAACCGCGCUUGUUCAGGCUACUAAUUCUUCUGACGAGCAUAACAAGACUGUCAAUAACUUGCUUUUGAGCCACAUGAAGGCCACCUGCAAGCCAAAGGAGAAGCUUUGGGCCGUCAAGACUUUGAAAACUAUUUACAACAAGGUCGGAGAAAGCUGGCUUGGAUUAUUGCCCCAGUUGGUCCCAAUUGUGGCUGAGCUGUUGGAAGAUGACGACGAAGAGGUUGAGAUGGAGGUCCGGACAGGGUUGGUCAAGGUUCUGGAGCAGACAAUGGGUGAACCUCUAGAUAGAUAUUUAGAUUAA